AUGUCAGACCUCCCAAAAUCCUACGCGACCCUCCAAAUCCCCCACCUCUCCCUCUCCCACCACCCCCCCUCCUCCCCCUCCCCGACCCCCGUCAUCAUCCUCACCCUCAACCGCCCGCACGCCCGCAACGCCUUCACCGACGAGAUGGCCCACUCCCUCGCCUCCGCCUACGCCCUCCUCUCCCGCGACCCCCGCGUCAAGGCCGUCGUCCUCACCGGCUCCGACCCCGCCAACAAGACCUUCUGCGCCGGCAUGGACCUCACCUCCCCCGUCCGCCUCCCGGCCGCCCGCGACGCCCACCGCGACACCGGCGGCGUCGUCUCGCUCGCCAUGCACAACUGCUCCAAGCCCAUCAUCGCCGCCAUCAACGGCUCCGCCGUCGGCGUCGGCAUCACCAUGACCCUGCCCGCCAGCGUGCGCGUGGUGUCCAACUCCGCCCGGAUCGGGUUUGUGUUUGCGCGCCGCGGCUUCAACAUGGAGGCCUGCUCGUCGUUCUACCUGCCGCGGCUGAUCGGCGCCGGGCCCGCGCUGCACCUGGUCACCACGGGCGCCGUGUACCCGGCCACGGACCCGCUUCUCCGGGGGCUGUUCAGCGAGAUCGUGCAGCCGGGGGAGGUUCUCCCGCGGGCGCUGGCGAUCGCGGAGGACGUCGCCGCGAACACGAGCACCGUUGCCGUGAGGGUGAUGCGGGAUAUGAUUCUGCGGACGCCUGAUUCUCCGGAGGAGGCGCACUUGCUUGAGAGUAAGAUCUUCUUUGACUUGUUUAACGGGAAGGAUAGUAAAGAGGGGAUGGAUAGUUUCAUGCAGAAGCGGGCGCCCAAGUUCACGGGGACGAUGGAGAAGGAUGCGCCGAGCGCGUAUCCGUGGUGGACGGAGAAAGAUGUAAAGGCCAAGAUAUAA